AUGCCGCGUCGAAGCGCGCAGAUAAAAGCGGAAGUGCCGGAUGAGCCGAUGGACACGAGCGGCGCCCAGCAAAAAGAGACAACCGGUUGGCCAACGGACGAGCUGCGGAUGCUGAGCGAGCGCGUUCUAAAUACCUACGACACCCCCACGGACUUUGCGGGCGUGCCCUGCCAAGAAUUUGACCUGACCGCCUUCUUGGAUGCUAUUCAUAUUGACAUCAUCAACGAGUCGAAGGAUAAAUUCGAGCUCGAAUUCGACCUGGUCGGCGUUGAGGCGCCGAUUGCGAAUGCGAUUCGCCGCGUUUUGAUCGCCGAGGUCCCAACGUUGGCCAUCGAAAAAGUCUACCUCUACCAGAACACGUCAAUCAUUCAGGACGAAGUAUUGUGCCAUCGUUUCGGGCUCCUUCCCGUCAAAGCCGAUCCCCGUCAGUUCAAUUGGCCAACGGAAAAGAUUGUCGGCAUCAACGAAAACGUCGAUUGCUCCGAGGAGCCGGCCGGGGAGCCGAAUCGCAAUUUGGUUUUUGAUUUUCACGUAAAAUGCAAGCGCAACCCGCGCGCCGUCCCCAGCGACACAGCACCAGAAGCACUCUACAUCGACUCGUCCAUUUAUUCGAAGGAUUUCAAGUGGUGUCCUAUUGGGAAUCAGGCCGCCGACUUUGCAGCGGAUCCGCCUCGCAUGGUGCACGACGACAUUUUGGUCGCUAAAUUACGUCCCGGGCAAGAGAUUGAAGCCCGGCUGCACUGCGUGAAGGGCGUCGGCCGUGACCACGCGAAAUUCAGCCCGGUCGCCACGGCCUCGUACAGAUUACUGCCCACGAUCCGUCUGAAGGAGCCGAUCACCGGCGAGGCGGCCCACCGACUUCAAGACUCGUUCUCCAAGGGCGUCAUCGAGAUCAAGAAGCAAGGAGGAGUCGAAGUCGCAGAGGUGGUGGAUGCUCGUCGAGAUACUUGCAGUCGAAACGUUCUUCGCCACGACGACCUCGCCGCGAAGGUCGAAUUGGGCCGGAAGAAGCAGCACUUUAUUUUCUCGAUCGAGAGCACGGGCGCGAUGCCAGCCCACGAGCUGUUUGUUGACGCUUGCAAGAUCCUCGCCGCCAAAGCGGCGUAUCUGCGAAGCAUGUGCGAGCCGAAAUGGGUCACCAUC